UUUAUAGUCCCACGAUGUGCAAGGUUCGAAGCGUCUUGUUUACAGCCUUAGCAGGCCGAUCGCAUUUUCAGAAGCCUCUCACGCUGAAAUCCAUUGUUUUUCUUGAAUUUCACUGGACCAUUUUUCUCUUGAAUUUCACUGGACCAUUUUUCUCAAAUAGAUGUUCUGAAAAAGAAGCUGAAAUCCCCAAGUGGAGCUUCUCUGGAUUCUCAAAUUAAGUCAUUGGCGACAGGUUGGCGAUCGUCGAUCGUCAAAGUUGAAAACAGGCGUUUUUUAUGAUCGAAUCGUUCUUUUUCACGGCCACGCCGCAUGUAUUUUAAAUUCCAGGUGUGUAGGCUUAAUUUAGACGCUCAGUGCAAGUUGUAAGCUUUAGGGUUGGGAAUCUGCGCAGAGCGUCGGUGAAGGCGCGUGCCGCGUGUCUGCGGUGCAACAUUUGUAUAAAUUUACCAAAAGUCGGUUGUCGUUUUUCAGAGACUCCAUUUUUGGUACUUGUUCGUCUCCAAGGCGAGGAAAUUCGACGCUGCGACGUCAAGUUUAAAUAAAUUUACUGUGAUAGCUGACGGCGGAAUUAGCUUGAGGAUAUUUUCAAAUUAUUGAGAGGAAAGGGGGAUAUAGAGAAAUAAAAAGAAGAGGAGACAUGGAAAUCGCUGUUCUUUCUCCUCGCAAUCAAUUUGUUCUUCAAUACGAGAAUCAGAGUAGGAGGCAAUACACUGUAAAUAAUCCUGAGGCGCGAAGAAGAGACGUCGAAGCAGCUAACGCGCCAUUCAAUGGACAGAUGUUUAAGGACAAAAUGUCACACAAUCAACCUGCUCCGGUAUCGUAUCGAAUUCUUCCUUCUCCUUCUAAUACUCAGCAAUUUCCUCCAGUAAAUAACUUGCGGUUUAUCAAUGGUAGCGCUACGCAUUAUCCUUGUGGAAAUAAUUCUCAAGUUUGCUCUGUGAAUGGGGUACAUGCUUCCCCUGUGCCUGGCUUUCAGAACUGGCCGCCUUGGCCAUUUUCUUCUCCUUCACCAGAAUGUGAAAUACCUAAAAACACCGUUGCUUUUCGCUUAUCGCAACAUCCUUUACUUCCGUAUCAUUCCUCCCCUUCCCCAGCUCCUACUUCUUCUGCUCUUCACCCACAUAUUUCUUGUUUCUCAGCAGGCAGUGAUGCUAUGCAUGUGGGGCGAAGGUGGCAUAGCAUGCCUGAGGAGGGUGUGUUGUCUAAUCAGAAUGACAUUAUAAAGGGUGGGAAAGGAGCUCCUCUGUUCCGAAGCUGGAGUGCAAGCAUUCCUUCGAGCCCCUCACCGGAAGAGCGGUAUCGCCAGCCCUGUCCACCCAUAGCUGCUUCGCCAAAGGUUGCUGAAAUUGCACCGGAUGAUUAUAAAAAGACGCGGCCAUGGAAGGACAAAAGAUCACCAAAACCUAAUUUUGAAUGGAAAUUGGUUGACAGUGGGCCACAAAAUGAAGUUAGGUUCGGACCGGAGAAGCAAACUCUGAUAGCUCCACAGAAAGCCAACAACCAGAAGAGGAUCACUGUUAAGAAAGCAACGGAUUCCGCGAAAAAUGGUGAGGGACGGAACAAAAACACCAGAGAUGUUCCUUCAUCAAAAGGUGAAGGCAUUAUUACCCUUCUUAAGCGACCCCCAAAGUCAGAAGUUCAAGUUGGUGUGAAUAAUCUUAUUCAGGCCUUGGGAGAGUCGACAAUCGCAGAUACAAAGGACGUGCCUCAUGUUCAGAAAAAUGAAGGCGAGACAGACAUGGAUGUUGCUUCCAGUGGCCAUCAUCAAGCACUUUCUGGGAGCCCUAGUAAAUCUCCUCGAGGUGGCAUUUCAAACCUUCCACAGAAGGAAAGAAGCAAUUUUGAUGCUAGCAUGGACCACUAUGGGCGUCAUAAGAAGGUAUGUGAUAACGAAUUUAGAAUGCACCGUGAGUGUGGCACAGAUGAAAGAAUUGUAUUCAAACCAGAUAUUCAAGGCAAUGGAGAAAACAAAGCAAAGAAGAAUUUAGGUUCUAUUACACCUGAUUUUUAUUCUAAAGAUAGUAGUCAGAACUCACAAACUGGCCACAGCUUUUCCAAAGUGGCUCUAGAGAAUUCUUUGGUUCCUGAAGGUGAACUGUUUAUUGGAAGCAUCGGGAGUUGCGGCACUGAUGAUAUAGGGAAAGAGGUUUGUGCGGCUGCUCCAAAUUUGUAUGCGACAGAGAACUGGGCGGGGCCUGCUUACACCAAUUCUCCUUCACCCCGUUCAUUACCCGUACCUCGUUUCUCCAUGCGAGAAAUGAGAUCUGCCUCUUUAGACUUACCUCCCAGUCCUGCAAACAAUGAGUUGAAUGAAGGCAGCCUACCGUCAUCCCACUCAGCUCCACCUUCUCCUACCAGGGAUGCCCAACAAUGUAGUCUGCUUCUUCCUUCUCGACAAAAUCUACAAGGGCGAGGGCUAUCUUUGGAUGCAGACUUUGCCACUAAGGAUUUGAGGAGGAUAUUGAAUCUGUCUUGAUUUAAAUGCCUGAAGAAAUUGCAUAAUUAUCUGGUAACUAAAUGCAGGCCUUUUUUUGAGGUUCUGUAAGUGCAAAGAUCAUUUCAUUAUGUCAAAAUAAAGGUAGCUACUUCUUGAUGCAGAUUAAGUAUACAUGUAUGGAUGAAUGUUUCUUUUCAGAUUUCAGUUUUAUGGCAGCAAGGAUACCAAUUCAAGUCUGGAAAAAUUCAAUCAAUACAGGAGACUAGAAGAAUAAUCUGUACACUACAGUAGUCGACAACUACCAAUAUGAGAUGUAAGGUUGCUCCCUUGGCAUUCUCUCUGAUUUUUAAUUUGCAUGAAAUGCCUGUGGGGUUUCUAUCCUGCUUCUCCCGUACAAUAAUAUUCUCCAAGAGAGAAAAAAAGAAAUACUAGUAAAGAUACAUGAAAGGGGAAAGAGAAAUUCAUAUUAUGCUCUGAUAUUAUGUACCAAGCUACAAGUUUAUAGCUGCUGUCAUUAGAGGGCUUGUUUUGCUGGUUUUGGAAAGAUGGUCUGAAUAAGCAUAAAAGCUUUGGUAUGAGCUUCAUUUUCCUAGAUCCUGAAGCUGAAGUUGUGCAAACAGAUGUCCAAUUGUAAAACAAGGGACUCUGUUAUACCCGCUGAGUAGCUUUUCAGUCGGCUCCAAAUAAAAGCUCUGUUGUAUGCAUAACACAAGAAGGUUUAUAUCAUGACAUGUGGACGAUAAAAUUCAAGCGAGAUUCUUAAUGUAUUCUAGGAAGUGCAGACGUUAAUUUCAGUAAAAUUGGAGCAGCGUCCACAGCAGACUAAGUAUAGUUUGUGUACAUUAGAUAAGUGUGGUUAGUGUAAAUUAGAUUUGCAAUGAACAUUUCAGCUCUUGCUGAACUCUUUUAUAGGUCUUCUUCAUAUCCACCGUGCAAAAUAAAGGCAAGUUUCUUUUGUAAGUCCAUUGGCCAUACAUAUAUUUUGUAGGUAUCUCUGGAACUUACUAAACCUCUGUCCCCCACAAUGAAUUAGACAGUUUGAUUUUAAAGUUUAUAAGACAAUGUUGCUUCUUAAUUGAAGGGUCAUUUUCAUCCUUU